AUGGACACAUUCACAUUCGUCUGCAGGGAGCGCGACGCCCACGCGGUGCGGUUGGAGGUGCCGCUCAUCGCCGUGAAGGCGACCGCCUUCAGUGCGGAGGUGCCGGCGCUGCUGUCGGCACACCGCCGGCUCCUCUGCAUGAACACGAAGCAGCCCAACCGACUGCGCGUGCUCAACCGGCAGGGGAAAUUCGCCGACACGGACGUGCAGGCGCCGCUGCUGCGCCACUUGGUGUCAUCGGAGGGGCACCUUGACCACUGCGCCUUCUUCGCCGUGGGCGGCGACGCGGUGGUACGGCUCAAGCCCUUCAGCCACGCGAACGGCGAGAUGAGCAUCGCGCUGCGCGAGAUGCGGCUGUCGGAGGAGCUCUACGGCGUCGCAGUUGGCGGCGGCGACACUGCCUACGCGCUGGGCAAGGCCCACGUGUUCGAGGUGGACAUGGAGACUGCCACCAAGAGGGCGGCGAUUGAGCUCACCUCACGCACCGUCGUCAAGCAUCCGGUGCUCGCGUUUCACCACGAGGCGCAGCUGCUGCUCGCGCCGGCGAAGAGCAACUGCCUCGACCUCAUCUCCACCACCUCACGCAAGAGCGUGCUGCCUAAGGUGUGGGAGCCUCACGCAAGCUCUGUCCCUACGGCCGCUUUCUUUCUGCAGAGGCGCACUUUUACCAGCGAGUCGGCCGGCAACAUCUUCAUUGUGACCGCUGCUCGUGGCAACACAGAGCUUCGGUUGUGGUGCUACAACAAGACGACGCGGACCUUCUCGCUUAAGCAGGACCUCUGCGUUUCCUUCGAGGAUGACAACGGCGCAGCAGACUCUGGAGAAGCUGCUGCUGAGGAUGAUGACGAGGGAAAGUCGUUCCUAAUCAGCUGCACGCCGACGGAGGAGUACAUCACACUCUGUUCGCGGCGCCACCCACUGGCGGUGGUGGUGGAACUUCACCGCAGUAGCUUCAAGGUGGACCGCAUCACCUCAUGGAAGCUGCAGGGACCCGCGCUCGCUAGCGUGGCGACCGUCGGCAAAGUGGCGGAGUCAACGGCCAGCACUUCGGUAGAGUACCCACUUAUGCUGACUGUCCGCACCGCGAGCGGCUUCUACGAAGAGGUGCUGGACGUUGAUAAGCUUGCGGGCGCCUCCAACACGGCCGCGAUGAAGCAAGGUUCCGUUGCCGCGUGGUUCCCGCACGGCGAGACUGGCAGCAGCAGCCCUGCCGCCGGCCUCCCCACUGCGCUGACCGCCGUGUCCUCCUCCGUUUUAGGUGACAAGACGACCAACACGGUGUCGCAGGUCAUCGCAUCGAGAGUAGUGCGGAAGCAAGCCUCGCAGUUCUGCGACACACUUCGUAGCAUCGACGAGCGUGUGGUGGAUCUACAGAAGCGCGCCUCUGAAGCGAUGCGGCUGUUCCAGGAAGCGCGCGCCAGGGAGGAGGCGCAGACAAUUGGUCGCAAGUUUGCCACACGUAACAAGGGGAGAUUGGAGCAUCAGCAGCAGCAGCAGCAGCAGCAUCCGGCAAUAACCGAAUCGCCUGACGGUAUGAAUGCCGCACAACAGGAGCUCUUGGAACAAAUCCGCUCUGUCGUGGAUGAAGCGGAGCCCCUCACCGCGGAGUCUGCCGCUGAAGUAGUCAAGGCGCUGCUGUCGCGACGCCUGAAGGACGCGGUGGCGAAAGGUGCGAAGGAGGCGGAGCAGAGCGACGCAGGUGUCGUAAUGCCGAACAUCCGAUCCACAGAUAGCAUGCGUGUCUUUAAUAACGGCGUGGAUGGGGCAAUGCGGCAGCUCAUCCGCACGAUCAAGGACCACCACAUCAUGAUGCAGGCCUCGCUCACCGCCUCCUCCUCCGCGUCGGCGGCCUGCCUCGCCAAGGCGAAGGACUUUGGCGAGACGCUCAAGCGCGAGAUGCGGCUGCUGUCGCGCGAGCUGAAGGAUACGACGGAGAUUGUGUCGCGCGUGGGCGUCGCGGCGGCCCCCGUCGACCCCGACGUUCUUGUUGCGCGCGCCGUCGCGCUCGCGGAGGCGGGCGAAUGGGGCACGGCGCUCACCAUCGCGCUGGAGGCGUCGGACAUCACCGUGCUGCUGGCCUUCCUCGAGCACAAGGUGUGCGCCGACAACAUGAGCACCGUCGUCAGUCCGCAAACCAUCACGCUGCCGACGUUCCUCAGCAUGUGCCUGCAGUUGUCGUUCGAGUUGGGCGAGCAGCCGGGGUCCAUUCCGCUGCGCAUCCACCUCCUCCACGCCUUCUACGUUGAGUGGGACGAUGCGCUGAAGGUGCUGAAGCGAAAGGCAGCGGCGGCGGAGGACGGUAAUCAGCAGAAGCUGAUGUUCGAGCUGACACGGCGGGAGAUGCGCAACGUGGCGGAGCAGUUGGGGCGUGUCGAGGACCACUCGGUGGACCGUCGCAGCCGCAACAACUUGCGCCUGUUGAAGCGUCUGAUAGGCUCGCUUCUCGCGGAGUAG